GACGUUCUGCGAAGGUUGCUCGCAGUCUAUCUGCACCAGGAUUCGAGCGAAGACUUGAGGACCAAGGCCAAGCGCGCCCUGAAGAGCGUGAUCCAGAAGUGCACGCACCUGCCAGCCCUAGAGCCGCUUUUGGAGGCACCUCCGAACAUCUUGAAGUAUGUGGUCCAGCAGUUUGCAAAGGUGCUCCCGAGCGAUCUGAACGCCCGAAAGUCCUUCGUCCAGUCAGGUGGCCUGCAGAAAAUCCAGGAAGUCAAGGCGGAGGUGGGCUCCAAGCUUCACGACUACAUCGAGGAGAUCAACAUGCUCUACCCGCCAGAGAUCGUGCAGUACUACUCGCCCAACUACGCCGAGACGCUACUCAAGAAGAUGGAGGAAUCUCAGGGAGCAUGGGAAUGCUUGGGGACUUCAACCCAUCUGGGUGAUCCGGUUCAGCCCCUGUCGUGGUGGCUCGUGCCGGAGAGAAAUCCUCAGCUGCACACUUCGGAAUGUGAUGGCCUGCUUGCUGCAGUUCAAAACUCGAACUGCUCAUCUUGCUUCACUGAAAGCUCGUGGUGUGGAGCCAUUCGCAGUGCCACACAUGUUUCCAGCACUGGGCACAAACUCGAGUUCAGACUGCUUCAUCGCGUACUAGCUUGUUGGACAUGA